UGCAAUGCAAAAACGAUCCCUCCUCUGAAUUGGCGUUCUUGACCCUCGGUGCUCUCCGUAGUUUCCGAUAACACAAGCAAAGAUGGCCGCUUCAACUGGCAGCAGUAAGGGAUCAGAGCUUUCUAAAGCUGAGUAUCUAAAACGUUAUUUAUCCGCUGACGAAGACGCCAAGAAGUCAAAGGGGAAGCUUAAAAAGAAACGUCGUAAGGUUCCUGAGAAAGGACUUACGAUAGUAGACGAUGACAUAGACUGGAAACAGAUGGCCGUAGAGGAAAAGGAGGAUGAAGAGGACGAAGAGGAAGCUCCAGUGAUUGCUGAGAUGAUUGAUGAUCGACCAGACGAAGUGAAACAGCUGGAAGCUUUCAGAACCAGCAAUAGAUGGAAAGUGAUCGGAGCUGAUGAAAAUGAAGACGAAGGAGAAGGGGAAGAAGGGGAAGGAGGAGAAGGAGGAGAGUAUCAACAUCCAGAGUCUGUGGCAUCAAGCAGGAGUCGCCAUGACUCUCCAGACACAUCCCCCCGAAGAAAAGAACGUCAUGACUCCCCAGACAUAUCCCCUCCCAGAAGAGGUCACCAUGACUCCCCAGACAUAUCCCCUCCUCGAAGAGGUCGCCAUGACUCUCCAGACUUGUCACCUUCUAGGCAACGGUCAGGGAAAUCGGGGAAGGCACAAAGUAAAGAUUCAUCCCCCGUCAGAAGAAAGCCCGUCUCAUCGUCAUCAAGUAAAAAACGUUCACCUGAUCCUCAUCGGUCACCACUGGCAAAGAGGGCUCCGAACAGGCACGAUUCAGAUUCCAACCAGUCACCUCCCCGAAAAAAGCCACUAAAGGGAGAAGCUUCAGACUCUGACCAAUCUCCUCCAAGGUGGCACUCAAAAACAAAACGAGGCUCUGAUUCUGACCAGUCGCCACCCAGGAGGCGGCCGCGGAGUGGAAGGGUCUCAGAUGAAGAUCUGUCACCACCUCGUAGGCCUGGCCAGUCACAGGAUCCAAGGAUGCUGUCUGGUGCGGCAGGUUUGGUUUCUGUAGAUGUUUUAAGGAAGGAGCAUGAGGAGAACCGACGCAGAGAAAGAAGGAACCAGCCACUGGAAGAUGAAUCCCGCAAUGCCCAGACGGUGUUCCGAGACAAAAGUGGUAAAAGAAGGGAUUUGGAUACGGAAAGAGAAGAAAAGAAGAGGAAAGCUGGAGAAAAAGCAGCAAAAGAUGAGAAAUACGCUCAGUGGGGGAAAGGGUUGGCCCAGGGCCAGAUGCAUCAGCAGAAACUUGAAGAUGCAGUGCAUGAAGCCCAGAAGCCACUAGCACGUCAACGUGAUGACGAGGAUCUUGACCGCAUGCUGAGAGAGCAGGAAAGGGAGGGAGAUCCGAUGGCUGCGAUGCUCAGACGGAAAAAGGACCGCAAUCCGAAGACACAAGACAAACCUCGAUAUAAAGGCCCACCACCACCUCCAAACCGCUUCAAUCUUCUACCAGGUUAUCGCUGGGAUGGAUGUGACAGGUCGAAUGGUUUUGAACAGAAACGCUACACGCGAAUUGCUGAUAAAAAGGCCGGCCAAGAGGCAGCCUAUAAAUGGAGUGUGGAGGACAUGUAAUGGCAAUCGGAAACUGAUGGAUCGGGAGCGGAUUGAAGAGCAGGAUGGCUAAUCCAUAGAAUUAGACAGAAGACGGAAUAUCUAAUCCAUGCUGUUAAAACAACUGCAGAGAAGACACAUCUACUCAACAGAACUGACUUUUUGAAAUUACAUUUUGAGAACGAUUUUGUUCACUUUUCAAAGCUGUCUGAUACUGAACAAUGGAUGUCAGAUUUUAACAAAGUGAUAGACCACAAAAAUAAGUGUACAUAGCAGUGAAGUGACAGCAUCUGUAUUAUUUUGUAAUAAUUGAGUCAAUGUGAAGCCAAAACAGAUGUUUUUCACUGUUUUAUUAAAUAAUGUUUUUGUAA